AUGCUCCCACUCGCGGUUUCCCUCCGUCUCGCUGGUCGAGUCGCUGCUCGCCAUGCUGCGCCUCGCUUGACGUCUCGUGCUUGUGUCGCCAACGCCCUUGCAGCUGGUCAAACAGGACUGUACUCGGUGCACUGGUACUCGUCGGCCCCUCUGGACCUCAGCGCAGCGGUUGUGGAACUGGAGACUACGGACGAGGACGGAGUGUUGACGCUGGAGCCUGUGGCGCUGGACAAGGGCUUUGUGGACCAGAAACUGCUGGAGGAGUUCGAUCUGUCGCAAGAGACACAGCGCCACUUGCGCAAAGCUGGGGUCACGCAUCUCUUUCCUGUCCAGACGCAGUCCUUUGAUGUGAUGAUGAAGGGCUCGGACAUCAUGGGGCGCUCCAAGACUGGCUCGGGCAAGACCUUGGCGUUUGCCUUGCCUAUUAUUGAGACGAUUGUCGCUAAUCGCAAGACCACUCGCAACCCGCAAGCGCUCGUGCUGCUCCCGACGCGGGAGUUGGCGCAGCAAGUGCAUGAUGAAGUGCAACGCGUUGCUCCACAGCUGCGUGUCGUGAACGUCGUGGGUGGGGUCUCGUACACCGUGCAGGAGAGUCAUCUGCGACGUGGUGUCGACAUUCUUGUCGGCACACCUGGCCGAAUUAUGGACUUGGUGAACAAGGGAUCGCUGUCGCUGGACGAUGUGGACGUGUCAGUGCUCGAUGAAGCGGACAUGAUGCUGAAAUUUGGCUUUCAAGAAGCAGUGGAGACCAUUUUGGGCUGGGUGCCGGAGGGUGGUCAGACUGUCAUGUGGUCGGCCACAUUCCCCAAGUGGGUGAGCUCGAUGGCCAGCAAGUAUUUGAAGGAGCCCGUGUCGAUUGACCUCGUGGGCGACGUGGACAACCAGGUACCAGCUACGGUCACGCACAAGGCGAUCAAUGCGCCCAUGCGUGAACGUGUCCAGGUGCUGGAAAAUGUGCUGCGUCUGCAUGCUCACGACGGUAAAACUUUGGUGUUCACGGAGACGAAGAGGGAAGCUGACGAGAUUGUAAACGCAUUGGCUGGUCAGGACGUUCGUGCGCUCCAUGGUGACCUCUCGCAGGGUAUGCGGACGUCUACGAUGAACGGAUUCCGCAGUGGCCAAGUGAAGACUCUUGUGUGCACGGACAUUGCUGCUCGUGGUCUUGAUAUUGCCAAUGUGGAGCUCGUCGUGCAAUAUCGUCUCCCGAGCGACAAGGAGAGUUUUGUGCACCGUGCUGGACGUACGGGUCGUGCUGGACGUUCAGGAACGAACAUUGUGUUCUUUGACCGCAGAGACGCUGGUGAUGUGCUGGAUUUUGAGCGUCGCUACAAGUUUAAGUUUACGCAUGCAGCCUCGCCUCGCCCGGAGCAGAUGAUUGAAGGUGCUCUGGAGGAUGUGAACAAGCAGUUGGUAUCCCUUCCCAAGGCAAAUGCGCGGAUGUUUGAGGAAGCAGCCAAAGAAAUGAUCGACGAGCAAGGACCAGGUGCGCUGAGUGCUGCGCUCGCUCUGCUGUGCGGCUUCGACUCGAAGAAGCUCGUGGCUCUUUCGAUGCUGACGGGUCGUUUCCGGAUGCAGACGGUGCAGGUGGAAGGCGUGCAGAGUGCACGGGAGCUCAACACGCUACUGUCGUCUUUUAUGGACGAGCGUGUCGAUAUCCACCCAGUCGAGGGCGGCAAGCUUGUGUUCGACAUCCCGCAAGGGCAAUUGGAGAAGCUGCAAGCGCACUUAACUGCCGCGUCACCCGGUGAAGAGGUGACAGUGACUGCUGCUGUUGAGUUUCCUCGCUUGCUGAUUGAUCGAGCCGACCGCAACAACAAUGCCAGUAGCCGCUUUAACUCUCGUGGCUUCUCGAAGAACCGGUUCGGAGACAACCGACGUGAUGGAGGCAACAGUCGCUUUGGAGGCCACCGACGUGAUGGCGGCAGCAAUUGGAAGCGCAAUGACCGUGAGGGUGGCAGCAGUUGGAAGCGUCACGACCGCGACAGUGGGUUCCGCCGCAACAACAGCAGCCGCGACCAUGACUCGUCCAAAAGCCAUUCUUCGACCCGCAGCAACUUUGGUCGCUUCACUGACUCGUGGUAG